AUGGAUUUGUUAUUCAAAUAUUCGCAGAUAUCAGAGGACGUGUCGUUACAAGACGAUAAAGUCGUGCUGCGCCGGUUCAAAGAGCUCGAGCCCAUCGAGGACGCAUGGAACAAAUGGCUAAGCACGCGCAAAGAAUUAGACGACGCCAUCCCCAUGCUGGCCGACCCAGACCCAUCCAUGGCCUCCCUCGCCGACGAAGAAGUGUCUGCACUCACAGAGACGCUGAGCACCUUCCUGCAGAGCACAUUCCCCUCACUCCUCCUACCACCCUCACCCACCGCCCACCUCUCCGCGCUUAUGGAACUCAAAUCGGGUGUAGGCGGAUCCGAGGCAUCGCUAUUCCUCGGCGACCUCUUGCGCAUGUACCAGCGGCUUGUGAACAACAAUACAAUGGGCAUGAAUUGGACUGCGAGUGUGGUAGCUCAGAACGACGCGGAGGGAGGAGGGGUGAAAGAUGCGACUGUUGAGUUUCGCGGAGAGGGCGCGUAUGACGCGUUGAGGUGGGAGAGUGGCGUGCAUAGGGUACAGCGCGUGCCGGCGACGGAGACGGCGGGGCGGACGCAUACUAGUACAGUUGCUGUCGUGGUCCUACCUCUGGUCGAAGAAUCGAGCCCACACGACGGUGAAGAGGAGCUGUUCACGAUGGACGAAAUCAAACUCGAGGUUAUGCGCUCGCGCGGUGCUGGUGGGCAGCACGUCAACAAAACUGAAUCAGCUGUGCGGCUGACGCACAUACCGACGGGUAUAACGGUGUCAAUGCAGGAUCAGCGGAGUCAACAUCAGAAUCGACGACUGGCUUUCCAAGUCCUGCGCUCGCGCUUACUCGACAUCAAGCUCCAGCGUGAGAUGGAGGCGCGCCGCGACACACGACGGUCCCUCGUCAAAGGUGCUGACCGGAGCGAGAAGAUCCGGACGUACAACUAUGCGCAGGGGCGGGUGACAGACCAUCGCAUCGGGUUGACGCUUAAGAACCUGCAUUCUGUGCUCGAGGGAGAUGGGUUGCAUGCCUUUAUCGAGGCGGUGGGGAGAAGUUAUAAAGAGGGCUUGUUGGCGGAUAUGUUGGAGGAGAAAGAGAAGUAG